UCAUUAGUCAGAAUGGGUCUUUGAUGUAUUGUUGUCAUUUAACGGAUCUUUUCUCAACAACUCCGUUGAAGAUCUUGAGUUGAAACGUCAAAUAAUCAGUCUUCGUUUACAAAAUGUUUAGCGCGACUGUUAAAUUUCAGUAUUAUCCUAAAGUAGCGGAUUUUUAUGACGGCAAAUCUGUGUUCCUGACGGGAGCCACGGGUUUUAUUGGAGCGGCUAUAUUGGAAAAUUUGUUAAGAUGCUGUCCCGGAAUCAAGACCAUUUAUAUACUUGUAAGAUCAAAGAAAAAUGUGCCGCCAGAAGUUAGAAAAGAGCAAAUUUUCAACAAAAAGAUAUUCGAGAAAAUCAAAGAAGAAAAUCGAGAGUUGUUGGAUAAAGUUCACUUGAUACCGGGAGAUGCAUCGCUUCCGAAUUUGGGAAUGAGUGAAGAAGAUGAACAACUGUUGAUUGAAGAUGCGUCCAUUGUAUUUCAUUGCGCGGCUAUCAUACAUUUUACGAAACCGUUGGAGUUCACACUUUUGCACAAUGUUUUGAGUCUGAAUAGCAUAAUUGAAUUAUGCAGGAAAAUGAGAAAACUUGAAGUUUUAGUAUACACUUCGACAGCGCUCAGUAACUGCAAUCACUCCGAUUUUACUUUAAAAGAAGAAGUCUACAGAUUACCUUUUCGAGCAGAGAAAUUUGUCGAUGCAUUGAAAAAUGAAGACUAUGAAGGGCUUCAUGAAUUGUAUUCCCAUUGCAAGCCGGAAUGGCCGAAUGCAUAUACUUUUAGUAAAUGUCUAGCAGAAAACCUCAUAAUGGACACAGCGUCGGAUCUGCCGGUCGCUAUCAUACGUCCUUCAAUUGUUAUAAGUACAUGGAAACAUCCAAUACCUGGAUAUGUAGAAGAAAAUUCUGGUAUAGCGGCACUUACUAUUGGGGUGGGAAAAGGUUUUGUUAAAGUUCUUCAUGCGGAUCCCAAUUGCAAAUUGAAUUUGGUGCCAGUAGACAUUGUCUCAAAUGCUCAUGUGAUUGCAGCGUGGUAUACAGGAACAAAAAGAUGUAGUUCUCCGCUAGUAGUGAAUUGCACAGCUACUGAAGAACUUGAUGUUAAACUAUCGACAUUCACUGACACUCUGACGCAGAUGAGUCAUAAAUUUCCACUUCCGAAAUCAUUUGAGGAGUACAGUCAUCUAAUCAUAGUACCCAACAAGUAUCUGUACUAUAUUGUUUCUCUCUACUAUCACUAUUUCCCUGCGAUUGUUUUGGAUGGUAUGCUGAAACUUUUAGGGAAGAAACCCAGGGUGUAUAAAAUGUACCGUUUUUAUGACACAAUUAUGGAUACUUUAAACUUCUUUCUAUUUCGACGCUUUGUAUUUGAGAGGAAUAAUGUAGAAUUCCUCGAUAAAUUGCUCCACCCCGAGGACAGAAAGAACCUGUCUUUGGAUUUCCAAGAGGCAACGUUUCUAGAUAUAUCAUUACAAAUUCCUAUAACAUCUCCAUUUUACGACUGGAAGAUAGAUAAGAAAUCUCCAUUGGAAAGGAAAAAAACCAAACAUCGACGCCAUAUUUUAAUUAAAAGCAUUCAAGGUGUGUUCCUACUGAUCCUCUCUUUAUUAGUAUACUGGAUAUUUUCUUUGAUCUUCCUGUAGUAUUUCGGCUGCAAUUUGAGAUGUUGUAUUUCAUAUUCUAUUCAAAUGGACAGCAUGAAGGAAAGUUUUCACUGGACGCUGUAUAGAUGCUAAUAAACUGAAAUAUUCAAUAGAAUUUUUUUCCAAGUCA